AUGGGGCGCGGGGCUGCCCUCGGACGGCCGCGCCGGCGCCUGCUGUGGGCAGCGCUGCUGCUGGCGCUCUGCCCCAGCGCCGCCGCCGGCGACUGGAUGUGGCUGGGCAUCGCCUCGGCCGGCGCGCCGGAGAAGCCGGGCUGCGCCAGCCCGCCGCUGAGCAGCCGCCAGAAGGACCUGUGCAAGAGGAGGCCGGAGCUGGUGCCCGCCAUCCGGGAGGGAGCGCGCCUCGGCCUCCAGGAGUGCCGCAGCCAGUUCCGCCACGAGCGCUGGAACUGCCGCCCGCCGCCCGCCGCCCGCCGCGGCCCCGCCGCCGCCGCCGCCGCCGCCGCCGCCUUCGGCCACCAGCUCAGCAGCGGUACAAAGGAGACUGCAUUUAUAUACGCAGUGACGGCGGCAGGCCUUGUGCACUCCGUGACGCGAUCCUGCAGUGCGGGAAAUGUGACCGAGUGCUCCUGUGAUACCACCCUGCAGACCGGCGGCUCGGCCAGCGAGGGCUGGCACUGGGGCGGCUGCUCGGAUGAUAUCCACUAUGGAAUGUCGUUCAGCAGAAAGUUCUUGGAUGUGCCUAUCAAGAACAUAACGGGCAAGAGUGGGAGUGGAUUGGCAGCAAUGAACAUGCACAAUAAUGAGGCUGGGAGGCAGGCUGUAGCAAAGCUGAUGUCAGUGGAUUGCCGUUGUCAUGGUGUUUCUGGGUCCUGUGCUGUGAAAACUUGUUGGAAAACAAUGUCCUCCUUUGAAAAGAUUGGCCGUUUUUUAAAGGAUAAGUAUGAAAACAGCAUACAGAUAUCAGACAGAAUGAAAAAAAAAAUACGCAGGAAAGAAAAAAAACAGCGAAAAAUACCAAUCCAGAAAGAAGAUCUGCUGUAUGUAAACAAAUCACCCAAUUACUGUGUAGAAGAUCCUAAAUUGGGGAUCCCUGGAACUCAGGGAAGGGAAUGUAACCGCACAUCAGAGGGAUCUGAUGGCUGCAACCUCCUCUGCUGUGGGCGUGGGUACAACACUCAUGUAGUCAGACACGUGGAGAGAUGUGAAUGCAAGUUCGUCUGGUGCUGCUAUGUACGCUGCCGAAGGUGUGAGACCAUGACUGAUGUGCAUACCUGCAAGUAA